AUGGCGAAGACCUACGACUAUCUGUUCAAGCUGCUGCUCAUUGGGGACUCGGGCGUGGGCAAGACCUGCCUGCUCUUCCGCUUCAGCGAGGACGCCUUCAACACCACCUUCAUCUCCACCAUCGGAAUCGACUUUAAGAUCAGAACAAUAGAAUUAGAUGGAAAGAAAAUCAAGCUACAAAUAUGGGAUACAGCAGGCCAGGAGAGAUUCCGCACAAUCACAACAGCUUACUACAGAGGAGCCAUGGGAAUUAUGCUGGUGUAUGACAUCACAAAUGAAAAGUCUUUUGACAACAUAAAAAACUGGAUAAGAAACAUAGAGGAGCAUGCCUCUUCAGAUGUAGAAAGAAUGAUCCUGGGUAACAAAUGUGAUAUGAAUGAAAAAAGACAAGUCUCAAAAGAAAAAGGGGAGAAGUUAGCAAUUGAUUAUGGAAUCAAAUUUUUGGAGACAAGUGCAAAAUCCAGCAUAAAUGUGGAAGAGGCGUUUUUCACACUUGCACGGGACAUUAUGACAAAGCUGAACAGAAAAAUGAAUGACAACAGUUCAUCAGGGGCAGGUGGGCCAGUAAAAAUAACAGAAAAUCGAUCUAAGAAGAGCAGCUUCUUUCGAUGCACGCUACUUUGAUGAACUUCUAAUGAUAGACUGCAGCACACUUAGAACCUUUUCUGCUUCUUUGAAAGCACAGGGUCACAAAGCCUCAGAAAUAAUACCACCAAGCUGCUGCUGAGAGCUCCAUUGAACGUAGACUGCGAUACACAAAAUACCAAGUGGAUUUUGCUCACUAAGCCUAUUGACCUGUCAGGCUCUUCUUUCUCAGAUAUGGAAGCUAUGAAGUGGAGACACAAAUGCAAGAGUUAACUUGUUUUCCUUUUUUACUUUCUGUUUUAUUGCCUGUUGCAAAAGCUGCUAUGUUUCUUUUAACUUUGCACAUCCAUAUUGGCCUCUUACUGCCUGUUACAGCACAAUCUUACAUUUGUAUUUGCACAGUUUGACUUGUAAGUAAGAUUCUUAACAGAUUUGUGCAGGUUUUUCUUUCUCUUUUUAAACAAAAUUAUUUUCAAGCAGAAGAGCCAGGGGAAAAAUUAAGUCUCACUUCCAUUUAUUUUCUAUGCUGUAUACUUGUGGCCAUGACUGCAGUAUGGAUGUUGACACUCUAGUGAUGAGAAUUACUGUAACAAUUGGCAUUUAACAAUUUGUAUGGGUUUUGUCUCUUAGAUGCACAAAUCUGUUCAUGCAGAAGCUAUGGCUUCUAUUCUGAAUGUAGUAUGUUGCUUUUCUCUCUUUACCAGACUUAGCAAUGUUGUGUUCUGAAUUGCCAGUCACUGUCUGAUUCACAGAUGCACCUUUCAGUUAUUUGAAUAAACACAGUGUCUUUCCUCACUUAACUUCCCUUUGUUAGCUCGAACUGUCUGCACCUUUUUUUGUUUCUGAUGAGGAAGUACACUCUGGAGUUGAAAUCAUCAUCACAAAUUGGCCUCAUCACUAUCACUUAAGUGGCUUGUGGAAGCUGAAUGCAUGAGUUUUGAGUAACCUCUUUGUGGACUCGUUUGUUCAGAAAUGACUGCUUCUAAAGGUGACUUCCAUUUCUACUGGAAUUCGAAGGCUAGUUCAUUAAUGUCUGUAAGCAUCGACCCUUGACAACAGAGGUGUCCAAAAACUAGCGUCCUAUGCAGUUGCUAAAGUUUAUCAAGUUCUGGCACUAAGGAAACGGUCACAUUAGGGCUAUAAUGUACUAUUAGUUAUGCAGUUAAUGCUGAAUGUGUGCAGCCCUCUUUGGUCUGCUCAAGCAGUUAAGUUAUUUUUUCAUCAAAAACUGGUACAGUGACCUAGACUGUUAGAAGCAGAGUUGAAACGUAGUUGCCUUUUUUACUCAACUGAGCAUUGUAUAACCUAGUCUUUGUUCUACUACUUUUUUAUUGUCUUCUGGAAGAUUUCCUCAAUGAGCAAUUAAAACAGGUGCUUUAGUUCUGUUGAUGUGCCAAACUUGGACCAUUGUAAGCUUUAACUAAAAGUUUGUGUCCAGCAUGUUUGUUAUUAGGGGAUAGGUGCAUUCUGUCAUUGUCAAAGUUAAUGUCUGAUGUGCUUGCUUUUGCUUCACUACGUUGUCUAGAGUUGUAAACAGUGAGUUGGUUGUUACCACAGAUAACCGCUUCAUUUUGUGGUGUCAGGUACUGAAUUUGUCAUCUCUGGGUCUGUUGUAAAUAUCUUGAAAGUGAACAGGCCAAUAGUGUUAGAUUUAAAGACUUUUGAUUUUAAAAGGUUUAACAUUAGUAGCUGGUUCCAUAAAGUUUUAAGUGGUUAUCAACCUGUCCCCACACGUAGUUUAAUAGAAAUAGCUAUUGUAACUAGAUGGUUAAUCUCAUAAACUGCUGUUGCUGCACUAAAACAGAAAAAUCUUCAUGGCAAAAAGGUUUAGUGAAAAAGCAACCCUAACUGCUCUGUUGUCUACCCUUGAUGUUUUUCUUGGACAGGCUAAAGCAGUUAUGUUUUCUGUAUGGUUAAAAAAAGUGCUUCUAUACAGAAAGUGUUGUGACACCAAUUAUGAAUGUUGUUUAUUUUCAGUAAUUUACCUCUGACUUAUUUGGUGUCGUAAUACUUUGAUUUUUAUCUCAGGGGUUGUCUGCAAACCAAAACUGACAUGUUCUGUGUUUGGCACUGUUUACAGAAUGCUUUGUGUUGUUUUUCCUGUCUUUGCUGUGUGGUUAAAUGUUCAUUCAAUAUUAGUCUCCAUGAACUUCUCUUUGAAAGAGCCUGUAAGUAGUAGAGUCUAUGAAGUGCUUCUUGAAGCAGCAGCGAAUUGGGGUAUCUGCUCUGUAUGGGGGGGGAAGAAAAAAAACUUGCUAUUUUCUUACAUUUAGCUGUGCUAAACUGUACAUAAAUGUGAGGUAAGACCAUAGGAAAUCCACUUUAUGCAUGAUAAAAUAAUGCAGUAAAUAUUUCACUUUGCUUAAUGUUCAUGUAAAGUUCAUCUUUUUCUAUUUGUAGAAGAAUUUAAUGCAAUUUUGUUGUCCCCUGCUGAAACUGAAGAAUUCUAAUUUCAUGUGGUCUUAUGGAUAAGGUAAAAUGCUGAUUUCUCUCUCUUUCUUUGUUGUUUUGCCCCGACCCUUCUUCUCCAGCAGUAUUAAAUGGCUGAGUGGCUGCACUUUAUUGGUGUGCUAACUUUUGGUCAGUAUAGACCUCUUUCUGUGUACAGUCUGCCUUGUCAGACAUUGAAAAAUGUGCUGUAUCUUAGCGUGCAAAUCAGCUGUAUGUUUUACUGGGAAUUUUUUUAGCUAUGUUUUCCUUUAGACAAGCAGGUGGUGAUAAAUGGUAUGUUCUGCCUACGCAUCAGAUGCUGGGUACUACAGGCUUUUGUAAUAUCACUAUGAUUGUUUCGUGCAGUCUCUGUUGCUACUUUGCUCAAGACUAUAUAAUCUAAAUUUUGAAGGACUCUUAACUAUACCUCAGUCAACUAGUUAGUAUUCUAAUGUCCAUUAGAAUGAAAGUCAUAUAAUUAUUAUUCAUUAAGCAGCAAAUGUAUUUCUGUUUUGUUCCAGAAAUUGCCGUUAACCUUUCAGGAAAGGCAGACAUUUUUUGGUGGAUUUUGAUAAAACAAAAAUGCUGCUUAUGCUGUGGAGUUUUAUGAAAUCUUCCCUCAGCCCCAUGUCUGUGCACUAUAUCUUGACCAAUAUCUUUCUAAAUGGUUUAAAAAAAAAAAAAAGCCAAACAAAAACCAGACUGGUCUCAGUGCUUUGCAAUUUUAGCUUUCAGUCUGUGCUCAGCAAAACAUGCACAAGAAGUUUUUGUUGAGUGUAUACAGAAUAUUUGAUUUACUCACUGUCUGGAAGUUCUAUUAUUGCUAAAGCUUAAACCACUCAUGAAACUUAACGCAGCUCCCUUUUCUAUUUGGGGACAGUCUCAAAAAUGCUAAUUGACUUUUCAGACUUGUAGUUCUUUUUACAGAAAGUAUUUCCCAUUGCAAGUACCUUUCCCAUACUAGUCUGCUAAGUCAAGUGAAUUAAGUGGAUCAUUUUCACAAGUGAAUAAAGGAGUCUUAAAUAUACAUAUCACAUUAAAAUAUUGUGAAUGGAUAAUGAUUUGAAAGUACAUGAAUAAUUUGUAAAAUGCAUAAAUGUGUUAUUUGUGAAAAUGCAUCUGUUAUUUGGUUAUCUAUUAAUGUAACAGAAAUUUUGCAAUGUUAAACUUCUUACAGAUUGGUCUGUAGGUGAUAAUAGGUCUCUCUUCUCCUCCAUUCACUGAACUGCUUAUGCCAUUCUCAUUCUUAUAAAUAAAACUUGUAUUUCUUUCUUCCACAAAAGCAGGAUUUCCAUUGAUUUUUCUUGUUUCUGGUGAAUUUAAGUAUUUUAGUGCAUUCCUAUGGCCUUACGAACACUUUUGCAAAUAAAACUUCAAUUACAGUUAUUUUAAUGCUAUAUAGCUACUAAAUUCAGAAUAAAAAGUAUAGUCCUUGAGAAAAUGCUUAAUUUUGAAAUAGAAGUGUUCUACUGUGUGUGUUUAAGCACAUUUUAUCUCUGGUAUAAAGGUGUAAUGUGAAAAGCUCCUGCAGAUCAAAGUGAACUUGUCAUGUGGUUAACUUGUAAACCUAAUCAUUAAUUGUGUAUUGAUGUGUAUAGACAAAAAAACCCAAACCCAACCCCUAAAAAAAACUUCACACUCCAAUGGUUUUAUUAUUCCAUGUGAACUUUUUUACAACAAUGUGUGUCUCAAAUAAAAGUUACAUAAUGAAAAGUAUUUGGAGUAUUUUGUAUGAAAUAUUCCACAUAGUUUUUAUACAGUUGGCAUUUCCACUCUAUUUUUGAUACAUCUGUCGUGGAAAGGUGUCCAGCUGAGUUGCACCUGUAAAGCUUUGCUUAACUUCAGUGGCAAACCAGAAGGGUUUUUGUAUGGCUUUGCUUGUUCCUAAACUUGGCUGUUCUUUACAUUUCUCCUGAAAUAUCCUCUCUUCCUGUAGUGACUGCUUAAAUCUAAGUAUAUUAUUUCAAUGACCUUCAGCUUCAUAAGCAACCAUUUUUCCAGACAUUUAGUGUCAUGAAAUACCCUUCCAAGGUAACUUCUGAGCAAUGCCAGUAAAGAUAA